AUGGAUCUCGCAUACGAUCAUAUCGCUGAACAAGCCUACACUCCCGGCGAUCGCGCCACGACUCCUACACCUGCGACGGCUUCAAACACCAACGAUACCUCCACCCCAACACCAAGCUCCCCUCGACAGAGUCUUCAAGCAGAGUUUCAGGAGACAUUCAAAGCGUUCUCCAAUUCGCAAUGGGGCGUCAAGCUGGGUGGCCUUUGGGGCAAUGUCAGAAAGCAAGGAGAAAGUCUAUAUGAGGAGGCGAAGAAGGAGGCUGCUGAAAUGGCCAGCGACAUGGAAGCCUUGCGGCUGAAGGGUGUCAAGGGACUGGGCUUCGGGGUAGAACAGAAGGAGGGAGAGAAUGCUCCAGGGGCAGACGGGAACUUAGAACUACCGAGUUCCAGCAAAGACAGCGAGCAGAACAAGACAAUCCAAGAGACGGAGACAUUUCUGGAGCGGUUCAAAGCCGAGGCCGCAAAGCGACUGAAAGAUGUGCAGCGAGCAGAAGAUGCUGCUGAUGAGGCGCUUUUGAGGUUCGGCACAAAUAUCAGAAACUUUUUGCGAGACGCCGUGUCGGUGACUGCCCCCGACGGUGAAGAGAAUGUCGACCGCCAGCCGGGCGAGGUGCUUUUCGAGAGUAGAGACCCGACCUCAGGCAAAAGAGUCAUCCACACAAGCAGAUUUGAUGCGCAGCUACACGUCAUCCACACUAGUCUGACGAGCUUCACUCAGGACCCUAGCGGGGCCGGCGACCAGUGGGAUGAAUUCAAGAAGGGGUUCGAUAUCGACAAGAUGACCGCACGCAUUGCACAAGACCUUGACAAAUACCGGGAGCUGAGAAGCUCGAUGGAGAAGCUCGUGCCGGAGAAAGUGGAGUACAAGGACUUCUGGACGAGAUACUAUUUCCUGAGACACGUCGUAGAGACGCAAGAAGAGAAGAGGAAAGAACUUCUCAAAGCAUCUACGCACGAAACAGAGGAGGUCGGCUGGGACGAGGACAGCGACGAGGAGCCGGCGACUUCGUCGACUCCCCAGCUCCGGAACGAAGCGGUGCCCAAAGUCCUCGUUGCUCAGAACACCAACGACUCCUCGACCACGAUACACCAGACUCCCUCAUCCGCCGCCGCCGCCGACCACACGUCUCUCAAGCCCGAAGGCCGUCGAUCUCACGACGAGAAGUCCGUCGCCGACAGCGACGCCAGCUACGAUCUCGUCAGCGGGGCCAACAGCCGGGCCCCAGGCAGCCCCAAAGAUGACCUCGGUCGGUCACCCACGAAGGUGGAUGAGGAGAGCGACGAAGAGGACUGGGAGUAA